UUUACCUAAGGCAGCCCUUAGAUAAGCAGCCAGCUAAACAAACUCCGCGGGAGGUCUUGAUAGGCAGGAGCCCCUAUCUGGAAGCUCGAGGCUGACCCACGGAGCUAGGCCAAGUCUACCCAGCCCCCAGUUGUCAGUGUUCCCCUCCAGCGCCCCUGUGGAAAGAGCAGCCGCAGGCAGUGCUGAGCAAGUUCCGACCCUCUCCGCCGACCUCGCGGCGAGUCGGUGCCCGAACCGCCGCCUUUAGCUGGAGCGCAGCCACACGGGGAAGAGUUCAGCCCCAGGACCGACGGGGCCGGGACUCCAUCGGCGGCGGCCUUCAGAGGAGCUCGCUCGGACAACUUGGCCACUCGAUCCCCCGGUCGCGAAGAUGUCGGCCUCCAACGUCAGUUUGCUGCACGAGACCUCCCGGCAGGUCGCGGCCGGAGGGUCUGCAGGUCUUGUAGAAAUUUGCCUGAUGCAUCCUCUCGACGUGGUGAAAACCAGGUUCCAGGUGCAGAGAAGUGUAACAGACCCUCAAAGUUAUAAAAGCCUAAGAGACAGCUUUCGGACGAUCUUCCGGACAGAGGGGUUGUUUGGCUUUUACAAGGGAAUUAUCCCACCCAUUUUAGCUGAAACACCAAAAAGAGCAGUCAAGUUUUCUACCUUUGAGCUAUACAAGAAAUUUCUGGGAUAUAUGUCACUAUCACCAUGGCUGACGUUUCCCAUUGCUGGAUUAGGAUCUGGACUAACAGAAGCCGUCGUGGUUAACCCUUUCGAGGUGGUAAAAGUUGGUUUGCAGGUCAAUAGGAACAUGUUCACAGAGCAACCAUCUACUUUUGCUUAUGCAAGACAAAUCAUUAAGAAGGAAGGCUUGGGGUUCCAGGGCCUCAACAAAGGAUUUACUGCAACUCUGGGACGCCACGGAAUUUUCAACAUGGUUUAUUUUGGCUUCUACCACAACGUCAAAAAUACUAUUCCAUCCAGCAAGGAUCCAACCUUGGAGUUUUUGAGAAAAUUUGGGAUUGGUUUUGUCUCCGGGACAAUGGGCUCGGUCUUUAACAUCCCCUUUGAUGUCGUGAAGAGUAGGAUCCAAGGGCCUCAGCCAGUUCCUGGAGAGAUCAAGUACCGGAGCUGCUUCAAAACAAUGGAGAUGGUCUACCGGGAAGAAGGGAUUUUAGCCUUAUACAAAGGCCUGCUUCCCAAGGUGAUGAGACUUGGACCAGGCGGUGCGGUGAUGUUGCUGGUGUAUGAACAUACCUAUGCGUGGCUGCAGGAGAACUGGUGAUGGACUGAGAGGCGCCUUCCCCCUUGACGUAACAGAGAUGCGAUCUGCAGCCCCACGAAAAGAAGACAAGCUAGACACACCCGUUAGGAGGGGAAGACAGCCUGCUCAGGAGCAAAGCCUAUUCCGAUGUUUUGUAAUUUUUUAGUCAGAUUGACAUGGUAGUUUGGGCCGUGUACAUAACACUGUGAGAAAGAAACAUGGAGCAGUAAGGUUUGUAAGUUAGGGAUCCAUAGGGUAGAGCUCAGAUACAGUUCAUGAAAGCUAUGCAGAGUAUCUGACUCAAGCUGCUUCACCAUGAAAACUCGAUUAAUACUUUUUCUGAGAAGUCUAUAAAUCUGUAAAUUCUUGAAAAUAAGUUGUUCUGCAGCUAAUUUCCUGAGAAUUAUUCAAAGACUGAGGUAUAAGUCAAAAUUUAAACACAUUUUAUAAGGAACUACUUUUCCAUAAAUCAUAUUUUAAAAGAGAAGUAAGAAAAAAUUUAAAUACACCAAAACAGCCUUUUAAGAAUGUUUAAUUUUGUGAGUGCUGAGUUAAAAUGUGAGUCUAUUGGUUUUCUUUAGUAAUUAAUACACCCUCAGGCUCUAUUUCCCUAAAUGUAUUUUAUAUUUCACUUGGUGACUUAAGUGGGUAUUUUAAAAUCAUGCUACUUGAAGACUUUCUUUUACAUAGUUCGUUUUGAAAAACAAGAUUUGUUACUGAGUUGUUUGGGUUUUUUUCCUUUUUCUUUCUUUUUUUUGGGGGGGGUGUUAGGUCAUAAAUUGGAUGUACUCUGGACCCCUCUCUGUUGCCUGAGCUUGUCUCCAAACACCCAUCGUUAAAAAGAGUACAGGGAAAUAAAACUGUCUCCAGAUUUUCGGGUUUAAGUCACAUAUUGAAGUAUAAAACUAACUAUUUAGAAUAUUAAAAUGUCUACACUAAAUGGCAAACAUUUCAAAAGUGAAAAUACAUUCUUUAGUAUUCCCAAGUACUUGUGCACUAAUAUUCACUCCAAAAAGAAAAAGAUAGCUUUUUGGUCUUGAUGUACCACCCGAAGCUUAUUUUUAUGUCUGCACCUUGUAACAAGACUUCUCUAGUAGCUAAGGUCAAGAAGAAAAUCUCAACAUGUUUUAGACGACACCUGCUCUUUACUACUCCUGUGAGGUGUUUCUACAAGGGGCAAUCUCAGCAAAACAUUUCGAAAAUAAACAGUAAAGAUGACAUGGUAAUUAUUUGUAUUUAUUAAUUUAGAGCAUCUGAAGUAUAAAAAUAAAAGGCUUUUGACAUACUCUAUAUACA